AUGGGUGUCGCAACAAAUACUCUUGCAAUUUGUACAAUACUUAUUUCAUCGCAACUUCACAAUGCAUUUGGCUAUAUAAGUACUUCGCAGUCAACGGCCAAUAUUGUUGUAUCAUUAAUUUUUUGUUUUUGGGCAGCACCAUUGGCUUUAAAUCCUAUUCCUGGUCAUUUAAUAUUAUUCUUCUGGUGGGUAGCAUUAUUUUCUCAUUUUGCUAUUGCUUGCAAUCGUCUUAUUGCUGUAACACGUCCAAUCCGUUACGCAAAAAUAUUUUCAACUCGCAACACCAAGAUUGUUUUAAUUUUCGUUUGGGCAAUACCAUUUUUAUACAGUUUAAUAUAUGAAAUAAAUGGGUGCAAUUUUUAUUUUAAUCGACUCACUCUGAAAUGGGAAUAUAGUGAAACAGCAUGCGGACAAAUGCUAUCUACAUACAUCGAUGUCAUCAUUUGUUAUAUGAUGAUUAUAUCGGUGCUUACGAUCGAUAUAACUACAUAUAUACUCAUGAAAAGAUUUAAUUCGCAUGUACGAUUCCCAGUUCAUUGCCCUUCAGAUUCUAAUUUCACUGUUCAGAAAGUCGCGAAUAAUAUUGUUGUGAAAGGUGCAUCAUAUAUACGUCGAAAGAAAGAAAUUUCUUUCUACAUUCAGGCUUGUUGCUCCAUAUCUGUAUAUUUGGUGACAGUCAUUUUUUUUUAUGGAGUUGAAGGUUAUAUUGAUUCUCCGAUAAUUUCGUUUUAUAUGUCAACAUUUCUUUGGGAAAUAGUGCAUAUGAUAGAUGGUAGUAAUGAACGUAGCUUUCCCAAAAUGCCAGAAGAAAGAAUUACCACAUAUUCGGAUAAGCCACAGAGCCUUACACAAUCUAGACUUCCCUCACUGCUCAAUCCUCCACUGAUGCCAGCAAUACCCUCACGAAUUUAA